AGAGGGAGAAGGAAUUAAGUCUUGUGUAAGGGUUUCCUUCCACUCCCUGUUCGGAGACCCCUCUGGAGAAAGUAGAACCCGUCUCAUCAAGGAUAUGCUUGGAUUAGAUCCAACUGCACACUUCAGAGCAGUGGAUAGAAUACAACCCUAUCUUCCAAUCAAUAUCAAGAGAUAUUCGGAAUAGAUAUUAAUUAGAGAACCAUCAGACGCUGCUUCAAGAUGGUUCGAACAAUGCACGUGCUCCAGGAGUCCCCUGCAAAUGCGCUGGACCUUUCUAAAGACUUCAGUCAUGUUGUGGUUGCCGGGAGGAACAUGAUGAAGAUCUACAGUAUCGAGGAGGAGGAGUUCGUCGAGAAAAUAAACCUCGGCGGCGGGAAGAAGGGAAAUUACAACUUGAACUGCAACGAUGUUGUCUGGUCGCCGAUUGAUGAUCAGCUGAUUGCGACUGGGGCGACCAAUGGGGCAGUUGUGCUUUGGAACUUGGGCAUUACUGGAAAAUCAAAGCAGGAGAAGGUGUUUGAGGAUCAUAAGAGGACUAUUAAUAAAGUUAACUUUCAUCCAACAGAGGCCCAUAAUCUCAUCACUGGAUCACAAGAUGGAACUCUUCGUCUUUUUGAUCUUAGAACUGAUCAUUCACAACCUACUCUAGUCUUUCAAUCACAUGCAGAGAGUGUCAGAGAUGUCCAGUUUAACCCUCAUCAAUACUGGCAGUUUGCAGCAGUAUCGGAGAAUGGUCAAAUUCAACUCUGGGAUAUGCGAAGAACGGACAGAUGUGAAAAACACUGGCCAGCACAUAGUAGUCUUGUAUUUGCCUGUGACUGGCACCCUGAGCAGAGGAACUGGUUGGCUACCGGGGGCAGGGAUAAGACUAUCAAGGUCUGGGACACGUCCAAGGGGGGACCCAGGCAUGAACCUGAACACACCAUCUAUACCAUAGGUUCUGUCGGGAGGGUAAAGUGGAGACCUCAAAGGAAAGAUUAUCUGAGUAGUUCCUCUCUAGUCGUGGAUUCAGCUAUUCAUGUCUGGGAUAUUAAACGACCAUUCGUUCCAUUCGCAUCUUUUGAUAAUCAUAAAGAUGUAACAACAGAUAUAGCGUGGCGGGGUGAUCCACAUAUAAUGAUUUCUACAAGUAAAGAUGGAACACUCUUUCAUCACGUGUUCACUGAUGCAGCUAGACCAGGAGAUAAAGCGAAUCCUGUUGGAUUAAGCAUGAACUCCCGCGGUGAAAUUACUCAUGCUUCGCGCCACAUGGUUCGAGCAGACAACGCUAUAAUCCCUCUGCUGGGAAACAAGAUGCAGCGGAAGAAUAUCCCUCUCACUGAAUUAUUCAGAAUGUGUAAAAGUAAACUCUGCCUCUACUCAGCCAGCAAGGGUUUAUUGUCUGAAGAGGAUACUAUCCGAGGUAUAGCUGAAGGGUACAGGGUUGUAGAUGGAACCUUAUCAGAGCUCUGCGAUAUCAACGCCAAGGUGGCGAUGAAGAUGGGUCGCGAGCAGGUCUCUUUAACCUGGACGAUUUUGAAAACUAUCUACGCCUGCGCUAAGUCUGAGGUGUGUCCUAUUUCUGGAGAUCUGGGGGCGGGGCAGGAUGAGGAGGCCCGAGGGCGUGUCUCCAGGCUAAGAUCACAGUCUGGGAAACAAUCAAACAGGCAACAGUCUAGGAAUGUGUCAGGGAACAGCUCUGAGAGCGAGAGUGAAUCUGAGAAUGAGAACUGCAGAACUUUGACUGAUAUUGCUAGCGGAUACACCAUUGCAACCAUUACAGGAGAUUUCUUUGGGGACGCAGAGCUUGCUGGUAUGGGAGUAGAGCACCUAGUUAGCCUGGAGGGAGGAGCUGGAGGAGCAGGAGGAGAAGCACAAGAUAAUAGCAGGGACUGGAUUCUACCAUCAGAAGCAUUCGAGCAGAGACAGGAGAUCCUAGAAGGAGGUCGUGAAGAGGAUCUAGUGGUAGGUGUUGAAGGAGAGGGUGACCUUGCUCUACAGACAGUUACUGUGGAGGAUAAGACAAGCGCUGUGGUAGUGUGGGGGAUACAUGCUGGAGAUACUAGAACUACAUGGAACCACCUCCCGGAUAUAUCAGAUACUUUGGUUUGGUUUGCGGAAAAUGGAGAUGUUCAGACUGCUGUCAGCAUGUACCUUGUUCUAACAGGUGGUACACGAGGUAAUGAAGGUGGAUGUCAAGUUAAAGGUCUGGUGGCUGAAACUACCCUGGAGCACUGGUUCUUCUCCUAUAUAGAACUCCUACAGCGCCUUCAGCUUUUUACUAAAGCUAAUGAGAUAUUGAGGCUAUGCCCGUUAUCUUCUGUGAACACGAUGAACCACGAGUCCACAACGGUCAACUCCUGCUGUGGCUCUUGUGGUAGAAACCUUGUAAGGAAGUCUGGCACCUGGUGGUGUGAACGGUGUCGAGUAUCCCCUGCAACCUGUUCAGUCUGUCAUGCUGUUGUUCGCGGGCUUAUCGUCUGGUGUCAGGGCUGCGGACACGGCGGUCAUGUUCAUCAUGUUCAGGAGUGGAUUAAGAAGAGACCUGGUUGCCCGGCAGGAUGCGGUCAUCAUUGCCAAUUCUAGAAAUCAGAAUUGGCAAUUACUCAGACCAGCAUUGUCUCUGCUACAUACAGCUCCAGGGAACCAGAUGUAGGAAUCUGUUUUGCCAGAUAUCUUGGCAAAUUCUGAAAAUCAACGGCAGAUAUUACAGAUUUAGGGAUUGCCAGUUCUAACGAUUAUUUGGCCAGUAGCUAUCAUUGCUCAAUUCUAUAAUGAGCCAUUUCUGACAAGGGAUAAGUUUGCAAGGACAAUGCAAAGAUGAUGUUAUGACUAAUGUCAUAAAAUGUUUUACUUAAGCUAGUGGGUGCAAUUCUUGCAAUUAAUACCAUUUGAAUCCUACAAAUACGGUUUGUCUUGAUGCAAGAUUUAAAGGGAAAAAUUUGUAAUAACUUAUUUACUUAAAGGGACUGUAUACGUUGUUUCAAGUGUUACAAUUCACAACGGAGUCCUUUAAACCUUGUUUUUCUAUAUCAUAAAAUUUAACGUCACAUGAACUAUCGUCUACAGUUCCUUGAAAGGACGAAAGCUUUUUAGAGUAAUAAUAACAACGGGUUUUAAGGAUGAAAAGUUUUCGUCCCUGUUUAAUAAUGGAGUAUUGGGAAAUAUUCAUACAGAACUAUACAAAUUUACAUAAAAUAUAUAUUUUUAAACCGAAACUAAAUUAAACUAAAAAAUUUUAA